AUGCAAUUCGACCAGCUUCAACAUGUUAAAGACAUCUUCCUCGAGUUUCUCUUCAACCUCUACAUCCUUAUCGUCGACUUCUGCUUUGCCGUCUAUUAUUCUGUCAAACCAAGAAUCUUUAUAAACACCCGUCCAAAACACCCGGCCCUUCUCCAAUCAGCCACCCAAACCCAUAAGGAUAUCAUCGAGGGAAAGCACAGUUGCGCCGACGUCAUGGAGGCUUUCAUCGAACGGCUUGAGGAGGUGAACCCGAUCGUGAAUGGUAUCUGUGCAAAGGAUUAUGGAUCGGCGAGGCUCAAGGCAAAGGCGAUGGAUGAUAUGUUGAAGAAUUUGAGUCGAGAGAAGAGAAAUGAGCUCUCGAUCCAUCGCCCGUUUUUUGGUAUCCCGAUCACCGUGAAGAACAACAUCGACGUCAAGCGGCAUGUGAAUGUUUGUGGAUGGUGGAAGAUGAGGGAGAAUCGAGCCACUGAGGAUGCACCAUGUGUACAGAGAAUGAGGGAAGCGGGGGCAAUAAUCGUGGCAUUGACCAACGUGCCGGAAUUGUGCUUGUGGAUUGAGACUUCGAAUACGACAUUUGGUUAUACCAAUAACGCCUACGACACGCGACGUACUUGCGGUGGCUCGAGCGGCGGCGAGGCGGCCCUAAUCUCGGCCGGAGCGAGUGUUGUCGGAAUCGGCACAGAUAUCGCGGGCAGCAUCCGUGUCCCCUGCAUGUUUUCCGGUCUUUUUGGUCUGAAGCCGAGUGCCGAAAUCUCUCCAAUCGAGGGAUUGUAUCCGGUGGAUAGGGCCAGUCGAGCCUAUCUGCAGACAGUAGGGCCGAUGUGUCGAUAUGCCGAGGAUUUGGCCCCCAUGUUUCAGGCGAUGUGCUUACCGAGUAAAUUCGGGCAACUCCGUCCGGCGAAGGAGUUCAAGGAGCUGAAGGCUUUCUGCUUCUCCGGCUACAAGGGCUGGUGCACCGAGCGUCUGAGUGGAGAUCAGCGAUUUGCAUUUGAUAUGGUAGUGAAAUACUUCGAGGAAGCGCUCGAUCAACCGGUGACCCAUUUGGCGAUGCCGCACGAGGAGAAGCUGUAUGAAAUGUGCGCCACCUCGGUGCAGGACGGGUUGGAGAAGCCGUAUUGUGAUAUUAUGGAGGGCACUAGGACAUACGCCGAAUUCAUCGUUGACUGGGCUCAAACCCUCCUCGGCAACCGGAAAUCCAAGCAUUCCCGGCUCAGCCUACAAGCCAACGUUAAUUCACUUCUGAUGCAUGGCGUGACGAAAGAACAAGUUGAACAGGCCACCCAUCUUCGUGAUGAGAUCUCGGAUCAGCUGUGUUCAAUACUUGGCGAUGAUGGGAUUCUGAUAGUUCCCGGUUGGCCAACGACAGCUGUUUAUCACAAUCGGACUGUUUGGAAGCAUUCGGGGAUCACACAUACAGCUGUCUGGAACGCAUUCGGGAUGCCGGUGAUUGCUGUACCGUUAGGCCUGAGCGGUGAUGGUCUUCCUCUAUCUGUCCAGAUUGUCGGUUCGAAACUGUCGGAUCUGACCCUCCUCCGGAUGGCCGAACAUCUCGAUGGUCAUCUACCGAAAUGCGAAAAGCCACAGCUGUUUCCGGGAUUUGUUGGGCCAUGGACGCUCGGACAGUCGAAAAAU